AUGCAUCAUCCGCUUCCCAUCCCCAAUCCAUCCGACUACGGCCUCUCCCCGGAAUUGGGAUUUCUGCCGAACGAGGCCCCGCUGGAAAGACUCCCGGAUGACUAUUAUGCACCCUGGGAAGAUCUGGUGUCCGACAUCCCACUGCUGCAUCACGGGGUUCUUCAGGAUCAGAUAGAGCGGUUGCCGGUUCUGAGUACGUCUCGGCUGAGAGAGAUCCGCGAAUGGAGACGAGCAUAUGUGUGUCUUGCUUUUCUGUUACAUGGGUAUAUGUGGGGAGGAGAACCGCGGACAAAUAUCCCCCCCUGCAUCAGCAACCCCCUAUUCGACGUCUGCGAGUAUCUGCAGCUCCCGCCCAUCGCCACUUUCGCCGCCGUCUGUCUAUGGAACUAUAUCCCCAGCCGCGAUGAGCCUACUCACCAACUCGACACCCUCAUGUCAAUCACCUCUUUUACCGGAACCUUCGACGAAGAAUGGUUCUACCUUGUCUCCAUCGCAAUCGAAGCUCACGGCGCACCCAUCAUCCCAGUAAUGUUACAAGCCAUCCACGCCGCCCGGUCCGGCGACGAACACACCGUGAUGGAAUCCCUGCUCUUCUUCCGCGAGAAAGUAGCAGAAAUAGUCACCCUGCUAGACCGCAUGGACGAGCGCUGCGAUCCCGCCAUCUUCUACCACCAACUCCGUCCUUUCCUGGCUGGUACCAAAAGUAUGGAGCAGUUCGGUCGUCCGGAUGGGAUUACGUUUACGUUUAACGAUGGGCGGCAGCAGACGGAGCCGCGGUCAUACCGCGGGGGAAGCAAUGCGCAGAGCUCGCUGAUUCAGUUUUUCGAUAUCGUGCUUGGAAUCGAACACACCGGUGGCGAGGGCACUUUCAUCCAUGAAAUGAGAGAGUAUAUGCCUGGCCCGCAUCGACGUUUCCUCCAAGACGUGGCCAAGGUCGCGGAUAUCAGGGGAUUUGCACAGGCGAGGCAGCACUCCCAUCCGGAUGUGUACACGGCAUAUGCGGGCUGCCUGGAGAUGUUGGGGGCAUUACGAGGGAGGCAUCUGCAGAUCGUCGCCAAGUAUAUCAUCUCGCCGUCUCGAAAGGGGAAUUUCCAGAGGCGGAUGCAACAAACGGCGGGGCAUUGCAGACAGGAAAAGGAGAAGAUUUCAUUUUUAGGAACAGGAGGGACUGAUCUGGUUCCGUUUCUGAAGCAAACACUUCAGAGGACGAUUGAGCCGUUGACAAAUAUAUAA